CGGAUACACAGAAUACAAGUACUUGGUUUCUGUACAAGCAGCACACGGUACACAGGAGCGUUGGAAGGGCUGUACUUUCAGGCUGGAAGAGAUUUAACUCAUGGAUUAUGGGCUGAUCAUCUUUGUGCUCACAGGAGCACUGGUCUAUGUUGUCUCUGCACAAACUCGUCAGUACUCCUUUGUGAGCACGCCACUGAACUGGACUGAAGCGCAGAGCGUCUGCAGACAGGUCUACACUGACCUGGCCACCACGGAAAGCACAGCUGACGUCAGCGCCAUUAUCAGCACCACAUCAAACUACACAGGCGAUGCUUGGAUAGGUCUCCAUGAUGGCAGCUGGAGAUGGUCCCUGAGUGACAGCAACGUUUAUGCCGAAGGAGAGACGGAGUUUAGAAACUGGUAUCCUGGUUUUCCCAGAAAUUUCGGAGGGCAACAGUCCUGUGUGGUGCUUCUUUCUGGGAAUGGAUUAUUUGGCACUUGGGCAAACAUUAAUUGCAGUUACCAACAAGGCUUUGUGUGCUACAACGGUACCGUAAAUGACACAUCAUCCUUCGUUAAGGUUGACAUAUAUUCAAAUUGGACAGAAGCUCAGAGAUUCUGCAGGGAGAAUUAUGUCGAUCUUGCUAGUAUUCGAAAUCAGACGGACAAUGUCACCAUCAGCAACCUGACAGCUGGGGACUUUGUGUGGAUCGGUCUGCACUGGGAAAAGCUGUGGUCUGAUGGGAGCUCUUCUCUGUUUCGACACUGGGCCAACGGGCAACCAGACUCUGACGCAGAGGGAUGUGUCUCCACAGCGUUCAAUGACUCAGGACGGUGGUCUGAUAAUAACUGCUCCCUCAGUUUCCCAUUCAUCUGUUACACAACAAUUCCCUUCAGAUCAUCAGGACAAGAUGAGACCAGCAUCACUCUGCAGUGGAAUAAAGUGAACACCAAUGUCAGCUUUAUUCUCCAGUUUAAUGGUACAGAGAUAAACAUCACUGCACCAGAUGGAGACGGACCAGUAACUCACACAGUCUCAUCUCUCACUGCUGGAACUAAAYACACAUUCACUCUCUUCUCUGUGUUUGAGAGCGUCAGAAGCAGUGGAGUCAACWUUACUGCAGUCACUGGGCCUCAUUAUGUUGUUGGAUUGAACAUGAGAGUAGAGUCAUCUGUUCAGCUGUCAGAGUUGGACAUGCAGGAUUUGUUGAUGGAGUUCUUCAACCGAUACGGAUUGUCGCCACAGUUGUCAGUGAAGAUUCUAUCUGUGGGGCCAUGAGACCAGCGGACGAAAGACUAGAUUUAAAGGAGGUGAAAGGGUCUGCUAUGCAACAAAAAUAUUGAAAUCUUUUUGAUUAUUUCGACUUCAAAAAAAUAUGUUUUAUCAGAUUCCAGUGAAAUGUAGUUUGACCUAUUUGGAGAAUAUUCUUAAAUUUAAGACAUGGCUCAUCCCAAGUACUUAUAAUUACUGCAUAACCCUGUACUACACACUAAUUCAUCAUGUUAUACUGUUUUCGCUGUUAGCACACAAAACUGAUCAACAUACUGUUACCAUUUUAUACUGCCAUCAAACUGCUACUUUGCAAUGGACUGGAAAUUAAACUUUUGUUCAGCGAAAGCCGAAUAGCUUUC